AGCGGGGGGAAGCCCAGGCAGCUGGCGAGUCCUCAGCAGAAUCCUACUGAGCUUUGGAGAGAGAAGCCGGGCCAGGCCCGCCCCGCAGAACUAUUAAACCAGAGCCAGAAAGGGAGCCAGACGCUAGGGGAGGGGAUGACGUACAGAAAAGGCUGCUGCUGCAGUUCUUAUUCAGCAAAAGCCCUGAAUGCAUUUGCACAAGUGGGGCCUGCAGCACAAGCGAGCCCUAAAUGAUCGCCUAGGAGUGAUGUAUCUGUCAGGAGGGAAGAAAUGUUUCCAUGAAGACUGGGAGAGGGAGCAGCUGGAGGUCACCUCCAUGGCCAGGCCGUGGCGCCCAUGGUGUCCUGGAGCUGCUGCAGCCCUGGCUGCCUUCCUGCUCUCAGGCCGUUAGCCGAGCGCAGAGAUUUGCUGUUAAUGAAAUCCGAGAGGAAGCCCUUGCUAUUGGAGCCACACACAUGCUCACACACCGCUCGGGAGGGGGGAAUGGGCGUUUCCUCGGACAGCUUUCAUAGCACCCCUCCCUCCUCCCUCCAGCCUUUUUUGCAGUUCCCAAGGCUUCGUGCUGUCUGCAGCCUUGGAGUGAACUGGUCAGUGUUACCCUCCAGCCAUGGCUGGUUACCUCUCCCCUGGUGCUUAUUACUAUGCCGAAGAACAGGAAUACCUACAGGCUUAUGAAGAUGUCUUGGAGAGAUACAAAGAUGAACGGGACAAAGUACAAAAGAAAACCUUCACAAAAUGGAUAAAUCAACACCUCAUGAAGGUGCGCAAGCAUGUGAAUGACCUGUAUGAAGACCUGAGGGAUGGACAUAACUUGAUCUCCCUUUUAGAAGUCCUUUCUGGGGAUACCUUGCCAAGGGAGCGAGAUUUUUUGAAGACCUUACGGUUGCCCCGAGAGAAAGGUCGGAUGCGUUUUCACAGACUACAGAAUGUACAAAUUGCACUUGACUAUUUGAAAAAACGCCAGGUGAAACUGGUAAAUAUUAGAAAUGAUGACAUAACAGAUGGAAAUCCCAAGUUGACUUUGGGGUUAAUAUGGACCAUAAUUUUGCACUUUCAGAUAUCUGACAUCCAUGUUACUGGAGAGUCAGAGGAUAUGUCUGCUAAAGAGAGACUACUCCUGUGGACACAGCAGACAACUGAGGGCUAUGCUGGAAUCCGUUGUGAAAAUUUCACUACCUGCUGGCGAGAUGGAAAAUUAUUUAAUGCCAUUAUACAUAAAUACAGGCCGGACCUGAUAGACAUGAAUACCGUUGCUGUUCAAAGCAACCUUGCAAAUUUAGAACAUGCUUUUUAUGUAGCAGAAAAACUUGGUGUCACCAGACUUCUGGAUCCGGAAGAUGUUGAUGUCUCCUCACCUGAUGAGAAGUCAGUCAUAACUUACGUGUCAUCACUUUAUGAUGCGUUUCCUAAAGUACCAGAGGGCGGCGAAGGCAUCAGUGCAAAUGAUGUUGAAGUGAAAUGGGUUGAAUACCAGAAUAUGGUGAACUACCUCAUCCAGUGGAUCAGGCACCAUGUCACAAUAAUGUCUGACAGAAUAUUUCCAAACAAUCCUGUAGAGCUGAAGGCACUUUAUAACCAAUACUUGCAGUUUAAAGAAACAGAAAUUCCACCAAAGGAGAUAGAUAAAUCAAAAAUUAAACGUUUUUAUAAACUUCUGGAGGUCUGGAUAGAAUUUGGACGCAUCAAACUCCCUCAAGGCUACCAUCCAAAUGACAUAGAAAAAGAGUGGGGAAAACUUAUUAUUGCCAUGCUGGAAAGGGAGAAAACCCUUAGACCUGAAGUAGAGAGGUUGGAAAUGCUGCAGCAAAUUGCAAACAGAGUUCAGCGGGACAGCCUGGGCUGUGAAGACAAACUGAUACUUGCUCGGAAUGCUCUGCAAUCUGAUGCCAAGCGAUUAGAAUCGGGGCUGCAGUUCCAGAAUGAAGCAGAGAUAGCUGGGUAUCUACUUGAAUGUGAGAAUCUUCUACGCCAACAAGUAAUUGAUGCCCAAAUUCUUAUUGAUGGAAAAUAUUAUCAGGCAGACCAACUGGUGCAGAGGGUUGCAAAACUUCGUGAUGAUCUUAUGGCCUUAAGAACUGAAUGUUCUUCAAUAUUCAGCAAGGGGCACACAUUGACAACAGAACAGACAAAGCUGAUGAUUUCAGGCAUAUCAAGAAGUUUAAACUCAGGAUUUGCACCAAAUUUAAACCCUGAUUUAAACUCCGGAAUGACCCACAGUUUAACACCUAGUUUGACUUCAUCCAGUCUGACAUCAGGCCUCUCAUCAGGCCUUACUUCAAGACUGACUCCGGCAAUCACACCAGCUUAUACACCUGGUUUUCCACCACGGGUAAUUCAAACCUAUGUAACAGGAGUUGACACCAAUGCACUGCAAACACUCAAGCUGAUGCAAAUCCGAAAGCCCCUCAUGAAAUCAGCUUUUGUUGAUCAGAAUUUAACAGAAGAAGAAGUCAACAUGAAAUUUGUUCAGGACCUCUUGAACUGGGUAGAUGAAAUGCAGGUGCAACUUGAUCGAACAGAAUGGGGUUCAGAUCUGCCAAGUGUUGAAAGCCAUUUAGAAAAUCAUAAAAAUGUUCAUAAAGCCAUUGAAGAAUUUGAAUCAAGCCUUAAAGAAGCUAAAAUCAGUGAGAUCCAAAUGACUGCCCCUCUUAAACUCAGUUAUGCUGAAAAAUUGCACAAACUGGAGAGUCAAUAUGCAAAACUCUUGAAUACAUCAAGAAAUCAGGAAAGAAACCUUGAUACCUUGCAUAAUUUUGUGUCCCGUGCUACUGGAGAGCUUAUCUGGCUGAAUGAAAAAGAAGAGGAGGAGGUUGCAUACGACUGGAGUGAAAGAAACUCCAAUAUAUCAAGAAAAAAGGAGUACCAUGCAGAUUUAAUGAGAGAACUUGAGCAAAAGGAAGAAGUUAUUAAAUCAGUUCAGGAAAUAGCAGAGCAGCUUCUCCUUGAAAAUCACCCUGCAAGGCUAACUAUUGAGGCCUAUAGAGCUGCAAUGCAGACACAGUGGAGCUGGAUUUUACAGCUUUGUCACUGUGUUGAACAACACUUGAGAGAAAAUGCUGCUUAUUUUGAGUUUUUCAAUGAUGCCAAAGAAGCCAUGGACUACUUAAAAAAUUUAAAAGAUGCCAUACAACGAAAGUACAGUUGUGAUAGGUCCAGCAGCCUCCAUAAACUGGAAGACCUUGUUCAGGAGUCCAUGGAAGAAAAAGAACAACUCUUGCAGUACAAAAGCACAGUAGCUGGCCUUGUGGGGAAGGCAAAGGCAAUAAUUCAGCUGAAGCCAAGGAAUCCUGAUAGUCCACUCAAAACAUCCAUCCCAAUUAAAGCCAUCUGUGACUAUAGACAAAUUGAGAUAACCAUUUACAAAGAUGAUGAAUGUGUGUUAGCGAGCAACUCCCAUCGUGCCAAAUGGAAAGUCAUUAGUCCAAGUGGUAAUGAGGCCAUGGUUCCAUCUGUGUGUUUUACAGUUCCUCCACCAAACAAAGAAGCAAUAGACACUGCAAACAGAAUUGAACAGCAUUUUCAGAAUGUCCUCGCCCUUUGGCAUGAAUCACAUAUAAAUAUGAAGAGUGUGGUUUCCUGGCACUACUUGACAAACGAAAUUGAAACUAUUCAAGCUGGUAAUGUUGCUUCGAUAAAGACAAUGUUGCCAGGGGAACACCAACAUGUUCUGAGCAAUUUACAAUCCCGUUUUGAUGACUUUCUGGAAGAUAGCCAGGUCUCCAAAAUCUUUACAAGCUCAGAUAUAGCACAACUGGAUAGGGAGGUUAAUGUCUGCAAGCAGUACUAUCAGGAGCUUCUUAAAUCUGCGGAAAGAGAGGAGCAGGAGGAAUCCAUUUACAAUUUGUACAUCUCAGAAGUAAAAAACAUCAGACUUCGCUUGGAGAACUGUGAGGACCGUUUGAUCCAACAGAUUCGGACUCCACUGGAGAGGGAUGACCUACAUGAAAGUGUAUUUAGGAUCUCAGAGCAGGAGAAGCUAAAGAAAGAGAUGGAUCGACUCAAAGAUGAUUUGGAAAUAAUUACAGAGAAAUGCGAAGAGUUUUUCAGUCAAGCUGCCGGUUCACCUUCCGUCCCAACUCUGCGUUCUGAGCUCAAUGUUGUCAUUCAGAACAUGAAUCAGGUUUACUCCAUGUCUUCCAUUUACAUAGAAAAGUUAAAAACUGUAAAUUUGGUGCUGAAAAAUACUCAAGGAGCAGAAGCACUAGUAAAACUUUAUGAGACCAAACUGUGUGAAGAAGAAGCAGUAACUGCUGACAAGAAUAAUAUUGAGAACCUUAUGGGUACAUUAAAGCAAUGGAGAUCUGAAGUGGAUGAGAAAAGAGAGGUAUUCCAUGCCUUAGAAGACGAACUGCAGAAAUCCAAGGCGAUCAGUGAUCAAAUGUUUAAAACUCAUAAGGAACGUGAUCUUGACUUUGACUGGCAUAAAGAGAAAGCUGAUCAGCUGUUUGAAAGAUGGCAAAAUGUUCAUUCUCAGAUUGAAAACCGGUUGCGUGACUUAGAGAGUAUCAGUAAAUCUCUAAAAUAUUACAAAGAUACUUACCAUACAUUGGAUGCUUGGAUUCAGCAAGUGGAAGAUACUCAGCGAAAGAUUCAAGAAAACCAACCAGCAAACAGCAAAGCUUUGGCUAAACAACUAAACCAACAAAAGAUGCUGGUUUCUGAAAUUGAAAUGAAACAAAAUAAGAUAGAUGAAUGCCAGAAAUAUUCAGAGCAAUAUUCAGCUUCAGUAAAGGAUUAUGAACUACAAACAAUGACGUACAGGGCUAUGGUUGACUCACAACAAAAAUCUCCAGUGAAACGCCGGAGAAUGCAAAGCUCAUCUGACUUCAUUAUACAAGAGUUCAUGGAUUUACGAACACGCUAUACUGCCUUGGUGACUCUGAUGACCCAGUAUAUUAAAUUUGCUGGUGAUUCUUUGAAAAGACUAGAAGAAGAAGAGAAGUCAAUGGAAGCGGAAAAGAAAGAACAUGUUGAGAAAGCUGGGGAUUUACUGAAAUGGGUGUCAGACAUCAGCAAGACCCUCAGCAAGGGAGGAGGAGAAAAGGCUGAAAAGGCAGACUUGCCUAAGCAGCAGAUUUCCUCUGAUGAAAUAGCCACCAAGAAAGAACAAAUAUCAGAGGCUUUGCAGACCACACAGUCAUUUUUGGCUAAACACAGUGAUAAAAUGACAGAUGGAGAGAGAAGUGAAAUGGAAAAGCAAGUGAAAUCCCUACAAGAAGGUUACAACCUGUUAUCUAAUGAAUCUUUGAAACAACUGCAGGAGUCACAGCAUUUAGUUGAUGAAAAGAUGGACGAAAAGGUGGAUAAAGUUAUUGCUGGUGUCAUUGAUCAAACAACAGGAGAAGUCUUUUCAAUCUUUCAGUCUGUUUUAAAAGGUCUAAUUGACUCUGAUACUGGCAUUAGAUUGCUUGAGAAUCAGCUGAUUUUAUGUGGCCUAAUUUCACCUCAACUAGGAAAAUAUUUUGAUCUUGAAGAAGCAAAAGGCCACGGUCUUAUUGACGAACAAACUCAAUUGCAACUACAGGAAUUAAAUAAUGCUAAGAAAAUUAUUUCAGAGUCAUCAUUCACAAGUCUUCCAGCUGUAGCUGCUUUAGAACAAGCUGUAAUUCCAGAGACUCUUGCCAUUAAAAUUCUUGAGAUUCAGCUUUCCAGAGGGUAUGUAGUUAUGCCAGCUACGGGGGAGCAAUUCACUUUGCACAAAGCUUUCCAGAGAAACCUGAUUUCUGCAUCUUUAUUUUCAAAACUUUUGGAAAGGCAAGACAUGUGCAAAGAUCUCAUAGACCCCAACACUGCAGAAAAAAUUUCCCUGGAGGAGAUGGUUCAGAGAAGCAUAAUAAGUGAAGAAACAGGAUUAAGACUUCUACCUGUAAGACCACAAGAAAGAGGUAGAAUAACACUAAAAUGUGGAAGGAAAAUAAGUAUUUUGAGAGCAGCACACGAAGGUCUGAUAGACCGUGAAACCAUGUUUCGCUUGCUGGGGGCUCAACUACUAGCUGGGGGGAUCAUAGAACCUGACUCGGGGCAGAGAAUGACUGUGGAGGAAGCCAUGAAACAAGAGUUUAUUGAUCAGAACACUGCAUGUGGUAUUCUGACUCACCAGAUUCAGACUGGUGGGAUAUUAUCUUCAAAUUCAUCCAAACGCUUAACUGUAGAUGAAGCCAUACAGUGUAACUUAAUCUCAUCUAGUAGUGCCCUCUUGGUACUAGAAGCACAAAAAGGCUUCGUUGGCCUCAUCUGGCCACAUUCUGGUGAAAUAUUUCCCAUAUCUACUUCUUUAUAUCAAGGAAUGAUAACCAAUAAACUGGCAAACAAAAUAUUAAAUGGCAGGCAGAAAAUAGCUGCGCUUUAUAUCCCAGAAACUUGCGAAGUACUAAGUCUGGAUAAAGCUGCACAGUUAGGGGUAAUAGAUGGUAAUACUCUAUCUGUUUUGAACAAUGUAAUCUUACCUGACAAAAUGCCUAACAUGGAGGAUUUAGAGUCCUCUUGUAAAAAUACUGGAAGAUGGUUAUCAUCUUAUGAAUUCCAGCCAUCUGCAUUUCAUGACUAUAGGCAGGAACAAGAAGUUUCAAGUACAGAAGAGCCCAUGCCUCAUAAUUUAGAACAAACUAAAAAAUUAUUCAUUUCUUAUCUGAUGAUAAAUAGUUGUAUAGAUGCAAACACAGGGCAAAGACUUUUGUUAUAUGAUGGAGACCUGGAUGAAGCUGUGAGCAUGUUGUUGGAAGGUGAAGUUUCUGCCUCCAGGACUGAGGUGGCAGAAGGAGGAUUUAAUAACACAUGUGUAAACUCAAAAAGAAUUGAUCUGAAACUACCUGACAAUGUCAUGUUUAAUAACGUCAAAAGCAAUAUCCUGGGUGAGUACACAGAUGUACAGAAUACUUUCAGUGACAGCAACUUAAAGCUUCCUGAAGAAGAUAUUCAGAAUUAUAAAUGUUCAGAGAGAAAUGAUUUUCACAGUAGAGCAAAUUUCUUUAAUGCUAAUGUUUAUGAACAGUCAGAAUGUACAUUGAAUUCUUUGAUGCCUACACCUGAAGCAGGUUCUGGAAAUAUAGUGGGUAGUACUCAAAACCUUGAAAAAGAGAAUACAUUAAAAAGUUCUCAAGAGAAUCCUGAACAAACACAGAUGACACAGAGUGAGCAAGUGUAUCAGCAAGCAAACUCUGGAGAUAUAGAAAGGCAUCUUCCAAAGUACUCACAAGGAAUUCUUACUUCAAGAAUACAUGAAGACAAAAACAGUAUACCUGAUGGAAGAGAGAGCCUGGAUAGGGAAAGCAAGACUUUUAAAACCUUAGAAAAUUCCUUGGAUGUAAAUGAUUUGUCAGUUAAAAAUGAAGUCACUGCUCUUCAAGAAAAUAAUCCAAAUUGUGCUCCACACAUUUUACAGUUUGAUGAUAAGAGUAUGUUAACUGAUCAAGAUAUGAAAAAAUGUGAUUUUCAGGGCAGUUUCAAUUCAUUCGGCCACACAGGUAUUGAAAACAGACUUCUAGGAGAACUUUCUGGUAAAGAAUUAGAGACUCAUGUUGUUUGUAAUGAGAAUAUGCAUGGUAAACCACAGUCUGCAGAGAAUGAAUAUGCCAUGCCAUCCAUUGAGGACUGUACCAUUAUGUCAGAUGGAGACAGUACUGACACACAUGAGGGGCCAUUGCUAGGAGAUAGUACCAGCAUUCAUGGUGGACCACUUUUGGGAAACAAUAUCAACUUGAAUGGUGGUCUACUUCUAGGGGGAAGCAAUGGUGUUUAUAGCAGGCUACCACUGGGAGUUAAAAGUUAUGAAUGUGAUGAUUUGGUGCUGGGAGAAAGUGAGGGUACUCCACAAUUUGAAAAUAGUUACUGGCAGCAUGAAGGUGACAACGAUGCCUACGAGACUCCUGAAGUUGAUGAUGAUGAUGAUGAAUCCUACAGCACUCCUCAGGUUGAUGAUGAUGAUGAUGAUGAGGCAUAUGACACUCCUCAGGUUGAUGGGGAUGAUUCCUAUGAUUCCCCUCAAAUUGGUGAUGAUUAUGAUACCUCUCAGCUUGAGGACGAUGAUACCCCAGAGCCUGACAACACAACUGUAGGUGUCCAAGAAGAAAGAGAGGUGCUAGUGAAUAUGAAGGAAGAAUUAAACGCUUUUCAAGAAGACAUGAGUAAAUUUGGAGAUUGUAACCUGUGCGUUAGUGAACAGAUAGAUUCCUGUGAGAUUAUAACUAUGGCCUCCUUAAGUGCUGGCAUGGUGGAAGCUAUAUCUGAAGAGACAGAAAGAACAGAGAAUGUAAUAGAGAAGGCGAAGACACUACCAGUCAUGAUAGAGAGUGAAGAAAGUGAGGAGAGCAACAUUAGUCCCUUGUUAAAGUUGCAUGAAGCUGAAUUGCAAGGAGACAGAUAUGAGGAAUAUGAAAUACAAACAAACAGUGACUCUAAUGAGGAUGAGCAUGAAGGAAUGCAGGAGGAGGAAGAGGAAAAUUAUGAUUAUAUGGAUUAUGAUAGUGGUAGUUAUGAUGAUAUUGAUGAUGAUGACGAUGAUGAUGAAGUAAUGGAUGUUUAUUACUCACGGUAUCAGAAUAAAAAUGGUAUCCAGCUGUUUGUUCCUUCCAAAGAAAUGGAAGGUAGUGAUGAAUGUAAUCAGAAUAUUGAUACCUUGGAUAGUUAUCUUCCUUUAAAACAUUUAGUAGGUGAUAAUAUUUUGAAGUUAGAUUCCAACCGUCAAAAUGGUAACCCAUGCUCUGAAAAGUAUAGUUUAGAAAAGCAUAAUGUAUCCAAUGUUUCUGAAGAAGGAAGUCUUGAUCUUACAGAAAAAGCCAAAGAGGAAAGACAACAAGGAAUUGAAAGUGCUUUUAAGAAUUGCAUAGAAAGAAAAGGAAUCUUAGAAGACAUCACUGAAAAUAUUUACCCUGAAAACAUCAUUGGCACUGAAUAUAUGUUACUGAACAGUGAAAAAAGUAACCUCACACAGCAUAAGUCUCUAACUUCAGAUCUUGACAUAAAUGAUGCCAUAGCAACAGACCUUGUAACCAUUCAGAAGGGAUCUGCAUGUGCAUCCCCAUCUGCUAUUGCUAAGCAAGCUGCUGCUGCAAACAUUCAGACUCAAAAAGACUUACUCCCUUCAGAAGAUCUGUUACCUGCUCACAUCAUAACUGAGAACGAUAGCAAUGUAUCUGUGCCAUGUUCAAAUAAUGAGCAGAGGCAGAACAUACUUACAGAGCAAAUAUCAAAUUAUGUAAAGGUAAAUUCAUCCCAAAUGGAUAAUAUAAUCAGACACGUGCCUUAUGUGAAUGACAGUAAUAGUCUAGGUUCUCUCUCUGACUUAGUACACCCAGUCACAAAUAAAGAACUUGAUCAAAUAGGAAUAGGUAUUGAAAAUUCUAAACAAAAUAUAAAUAUAGUGACUAUUAAAAAGGAAAGUCAUAUCCAGGAAUUAAAUAAAAGUCCCAUCCACAUGGAAAGCCUGGGAGAAAUAUUUGAUUCAUCUAUUAGAAUUAGUAGUGAAAUUGCUGUUUCAAGUGAAGGAAAAGUAAGUGUUGGACAAGCUUCAAGUAAUGCUACAUCAGGACAACACAGUGACUUUGAUACUGUGAAAUCAGAUGAAUUUAUGCAAGAGUUUGACCUUUCUGCUUAUUUAAAACAAUGUGCAAAAGACAUAAAAGCAAAAGAUAUUUCAGAACUGAAUAAGGCUGAUUCUUGUUAUAUUAAGGAAGGGGAAACUGAUGAGAAUUAUAUAUGGAAUGGAAAAGAGUUAGUGAUAGCUGACUGUAUUUUUGAUGGGGGAUCAGUGCAUCCAAAAGAAUUAAACUCUAAAGCUCAAUCCUCUCCCCUGACAGCUACAGUAAAAGCCAAGGGAAUUAGUAUUACCAAAGAAAACAGUGCUUCGGUCUGUCAAGAAACUGAUAAAGUUCUUAACGACACUUCAGAAAUUGGUAUAAUGUUCAGUCAUGAAUUUGCCUUUAAGAAAGCUGACCCUGUAGGAUGUAUUGAGAAUGUCCAGGAGUUUGAGGACAGGUCUGAAACCAGAUAUUCUGGAAACUAUAGAGGUGCAGCAGACUUUUCUUCUAUACCUUUGGGUAACACAGGUGACAACUUGGAUAAUGUUGUGCAGAAGGAAUGUGAACGACUGAUUUGUUGUAGUGAUGCAAAACACAUUAGGGAGCAUAAUACUUUAGCCAACAAAACCACUUCAAUUGAAAAUGGUGCCAGGAAAGAAAAGACUGUUGAAUCAUUAACUAAAGAAGUGAUGCUUCCCAAAGACUUGCAAGUAGAGGAAGGUAUAUCACAUUCUCCUGACACACUAAUUGAAGAUUUAAAGAAUAUUUUAAGAAAGAAGUUGAAAGAUGGCCAUGUUUUCUGCAAGCAGGAAGGUGAACCUUUAAAUUACUCUGACACAAAACUUUUAAUGCAAAAUUUACUUAAAAUGAUUAGUUGCACAAAUGUGGAGGAUAAGACUUCCAGUGAGUCAAAUCGCAAACAAACAUGUAGUGACAUUAGCACUAUCCUAGUGGCUACUCCAUCAUGCAUAGAUCAAAAGGACUAUAAUAAUCUUCAGUUAUCUUGGUCUGAUAACAGAAGUCCUGACCUCCUCCUUGAUAUAUUGAAACAAAACCAUUGCAACCAAAAUACUGAAAAUCCAUGCAAAACAAGUGAACACCAAAAUGAAAGAGGCCAGGAGAUAAAAGUUACAGCUCCAAAACUUAUUACUUCUCAACUUGAACAGAUCUUCCAAAUACCACCUGGAGAUGAAAGUUCAUACACAUUAAAGGAAUUGAUAAGUGAUUUAGCAAAAGACUUGUUUUCCAGCUCACGAACUGCUGAUAUCUCUGCAGAUGAUGAGUAUGUAAGCAAAGCAGAGGAGCUAUGUACUCUUUUCUCAACAGAGUUGACAGAAUUUGGAUCAGAAACUCUCAGAGGGAAUCCACUAUUUCACAGCACAAGUGUUAUUUUGAAAAAUGACCAGCAGCCUGAGAAGUCAGACUGUUUGUCCAAAAGCUUUUCUGAGGAUGCUCUGAAAAUGAAAGAAGUUUCCCCAGGAAAUAACCCAUCAGGCGUGUUGUUCAGUGGAGUACAGCCGAGUUUAAAGUAUACAGAGAAACUACGAGAACAUUUGAUAGUGGUUCAUGAUAUGAAAUUCCACUUAGAUAAUCAGCAGCCCAUUAGUAACAACUUGGAAAUGCUAAAAGUCCAGCUUGAACAAUUAGAGUCAUUUGAAUCAGGGCUGGCUACUUUUGCUGUUGUUCUAAAAAAAGAUAUGAAGUUAACAGAAGAGUUUUUAAAGUCUUUGCACAAAGAUGCUCACAAAGAACAACUUAAAGAGCUAAAAAUGACAUAUGAAUAUUUACAGAAGGCCUUUUUUGUGGUCUGUGAUAUUUCUUCAAAGCGUGCAAAACAAAUUGUCUUUGCUGUUGACUCUGAAAUGGCUAAGCUUGCAAUAAUGCACCAGGAACUUUUAAGUAGACUUCAGAAGUUUUCAGACUGGAUCACAAAAAACAGUAAAACUGUAAACAACCUGACCAUUAAUCCGAGUGACACAGAAAAUGUGAAGCAAAAUUUACAACUACUCAAGAACACUUCAAAAGAACUUGGCUGUAUGAAGACACAACUGGACUCCAUAGCAUUUGAUGUUCAGUUCUUUAUUUCUGAACAUGCCCAGGAUCUUUCUCCUAAUCAGAGCAAACAGCUGUUGAGGCUCCUAAAUAGUACCCAAAAGUGUUUUCAGGAAGUACAGGAAACAAUCACAUCUCAAAUGGAAAGUUUAGAGAAACUGUUAUGGACAGCACAAGAUCUUGGUGAUCAGAAGGAUGUGGCUGAGCAGCAGCAGGCAUGCAAGGAGAAGCUACAGGAAAUGUGCGAUCUCUUUACACAAAUAGAAAAUCGGCUCAUUGGUCACCAAGAAGCUCUUGUUAUUGGAGACAGCAAGGCUGAGUUAAAACAAUACCAAACCAAACAAGAGGAGUUACAGAAAGAUAUGCAGGCAAGUGCACAGGCGUUGGCAGAGAUUGUGAAAAACACCGAGAUGUUCUUGAAAGAAAAUGGAGAAAAGCUGUCACAAGAAGAUAGGACUGUUCUUGAGCAGAAACUUAAUGAAGCUAAGACAGAAUGUUUGCUGCUUAGCCAGAAGGCAGAAGAGUCCAAAAAAGAGCUGGAUAAAGCUGUGACAACAGCUAUUAAGCAAGAAACAGAAAAGGUUGCUGCCAUUGAACAACUGGAAGAGAGCAGAAAUACAAUAGAAAAUCUCUUGGACUGGCUGUCAAAUGUGGAUAAGGCUUCAGAUCAUGGGGAUGAGAAAUGGACCCAGGCAAUAGAACAGAAUGGAACCCAUUUUAAAGAACAGGAUAUAAAACUUUUGGAGGGAGAAGAAGAUGAAGUCAAUGGUAACCUAUUGGAACUUCAGCGACAGACUGAAACCCAUGUAGAUGGCAGAGUAAAACCCACAGACAGUAACCUGAACCAGCAGUAUCAGAAAGUGAAGGCUCAGCAUGAGAAAAUUAUUUCUCAGCAACAGGCUGUUAUAAUAGCAACUCAGUCUGCCCAAGCAUUACUUGAGAAACAAGGCCAUUACCUCUCCCCUGAAGAAAAAGAGAAGAUGCAAAGGAACAUGAAAGAACUGAAAGUCCAGUAUGAAACCGCGUUAGCUGAAUCAGAACAGAAAAUGAAAUUAACACACUCUCUGCAGGAGGAACUUGAAAAAUUUGAUACAGACUAUAAUGAGUUUGAAAACUGGCUACAGCAGUCAGAACAAGAACUCAAAAACCUAGAGGCUGGUGCUUCUGACCUCUCUGGUAUCAUGACCAAGCUGAAAAGACAGAAGAGUUUUUCAGAAGAUGUUAUUUCUCACAAAGGUGACUUACGGUACAUUUCAAUUUCUGGACAGAGGGUGUUAGAUGCUGCUAAAUCUUGUGGCAAAAAAGAUGGUGUCAAAGUUGACAAAGAUGGUAUUGAUACUUCGUCUACUUACACAGAGGUGCAAAGUAAACUGGACGGUGCUUCAGGGCGUUUCAAAUCUCUUUAUACUAAGUGUGGUAUCCUUGGAAAUAACCUUAAAGAUUUGGUAGAUAAAUACCAGCAUUAUGAAGAAGCCUCAUCUGGGCUUUUGUCAGGUCUACAGACCUCUGAAAUAGCUGUGAGCAAACAACUGUCUGAGCCAAUUGCAGUGGAUCCUAAAAACCUCCAAAGGCAACUAGAAGAAACCAAGGCUCUUCAGGGACAGGUGUCUAAUCACCAGGUUGCUAUAGAGAAACUGAAAAAAGCUGCUGAAGUGCUUUUGGAUACCAGGGGAACUUUACUGCCAGACAAAGAUGAAAUCCAGAAAACACUAGAUGACAUUGUUGGCAGAUAUGACAGUUUAUCCAAGUCUGUGAAUGAAAGAAACGAGAAGCUCCAGAUAACGCUGACUCGUUCCCUAAGUGUACAAGAUGGUUUGGAUGAAAUGCUUGACUGGAUGGGAGGUGUUGAAAAGAACCUUAAAGAAGAGGGUCAAGUGCCUUUGAAUUCUUCUGCUAUUCAGGAUAUCAUUAGUAAAAAUAUUAUGCUGGAACAAGAUAUUGCAAGUCGCCAAAGCAGUAUAAAUGCCAUGAAUGAAAAAGUGAACAAAUUCAUAGAAACAACAGAUCCAUCCACAGCAUCCUGUCUACAAGCUAAAAUGAAUGAGCUCUCUGUACGGUUUGCUGAAGCAAGUACCAGACACAAGGGGAGACUUGCAAAGAUGGAGGAAUUGAAGACCAAAGUGGAGUUGUUUGAAGGCUUGUCAAUAAAACUUCAGUCAUUUUUGGACAAGAAAACUCAGGCUCUCAAUGAGACUGAUGUUCCAGGAAAGGAUGUUACUGAAGUGUCUCAAUAUAUGCAGGAAACUAGUUCAGCGUUGGUAGAUCAUAAAAAAGAUCUCGACGUUUUGCAUCAACUUCUAGAGGAGCUUUCUGUCCAUGGUCUUCCUGGGGACAAGGCAUUGGCUUUAGAAAAGUUAAAUGCUUUGACAAAGAAGUUCAAGGAAGUGGAAGAGACUGUAAAGGAAAAAGAAGAGGAUGUAUCAUCUUGUCAGGAACAAAUGGAGACUUUCAAGCUCCUUGUAGAAUCUUUAAAGAAAUGGAUGAUAGAGACAACAGAUAGGAUUCCAGCUGUGCAACCAUCUUUAAAUACAGAGCAUUUAAAGAAACCAUUGGAAGAUAUUCGGAAAUUAGAAGAGGAAUGGACUUUAAAAGCACCUGAAAUUCAGAAAAUGAAUAACAGAGGAACAUCAUUAUGUAACUUAAUCUGUGCUGUGACCUCUCCUGCCAAAUCCAGGGCAGCUGCAAAAUCAGGUGGAAUAGUAUUAAAUGGUGAAGGAGCAGCUUCAGGUCUUCAGAGUUUCCUGACCAAUAAAGAGCUGACAGCUGUUCAACAGGCUAUGUCAGAUGUAAAUCACAGUUACGAAGAUUUAGGAGCUUUACUGAAGGAAAAUGUUUCAGAACUGGAAAGCAUGCUUUCAAAGAUUCAAAAUGUUCAACAAGAAUCAAACUCAGUGAUGCAGUGGAUACAAAAAAUGGAUAAGGCUUCUGCAAGCUGGGAAGCAGGCCCGACUGAUAGUGAAGCUGUUAGAACACAAGUAGAACAACAUAAGGUGCAGGUGACAAGAUGGCAGAAGGUGACGGAAUGGGCAGGAGGAGAGCUAUUUGAAUCAGAAUUGAAGCAAAAUGAAAAUAAAAUACAGGAGCUGAAGGACAAAGUGACAGAACUGUUGGAGAAGAAUCCCGAUUCUCCUGAGGCACCCAAAUGGAAACAGAUGUUAGAUAAAAUAGAUUCCAAAUGGAAGGAACUCAAUCAGGUUACAGCUGACAGACGACAAAAUCUCGAAGAGUCCUCAAAUUACCUGACCCAGUUCCAGACGACAGAAGCUCAAUUAAAGCAGUGGCUUCUAGAGAAGGAGCUCAUGGUCAGUGUGCUUGGACCACUGUCCAUUGACCCAAAUAUGCUGAAUACACAGAAGCAGCAGGUCCAGAUUCUGCUUAAAGAGUUUGAUACCAGAAAGCCUCAGUAUGAACAGUUAACCAUAGCUGUUCAGGGGAUACUGAAGAGACCAGGUGAACAUCCCCCUUCUCAUGAAAUUGUGAAAAAGCAACUGGCAGCUGUGGCACAAAAGUGGGACGGUCUAACAGGACAACUGAGUGACAGAUGUGGUCAAAUUGACCAUGCCAUUGUCAAAAGCAAAGAGUAUCAAAGCCUUCUGAGAAGCCUGUCAGAUAAGCUAAGUGCUUUGGAUAAUAAACUAAGCAGCAACCUGGCUGUGAGCACACACCCUGAUGCUAUGAAACAACAAUUGGAAAUGGCUAGAGAAGUGAAGCAGGAAAUAGAAGAGGAAAUGAAAAAUAUAAAAGUGGCUCAGGCCCUUUGUGAGGAGCUGUCAGCACUGGUUGGAGAAGAGUACUUGAAAGCGGAACUUACUAGGCAAUUGGAAGGCAUCUUAAAACCAUUUAUGGAUAUUGAACAGAAAGCAGGCAAUCAUGUUCAGCAACUUCAAUCAGCAUAUGCUACUUCUCAUCAGUUCCAGCAAAUGUCUAAGGACUUUCAGACGUGGCUGGACAAAAAGAAGGAAGAACUGAACCAGGGUCACCCUAUUUCAGCCAAGCUUGAUAUCUUGCAGUCAUUAAUUGGAGAGCAGAAAGAUUUUAAGCAGACCUUGUCUGACCAGAUUAGUUCCUAUGAAAAAAUUGUUGCAGAAGGUGAAAGUCUCCUACAGAAGACUCAAGGAGUUGACAGAGCAGAAUUGCAGUCUCAGCUGGGCCUGGUCAAAAGUAACUGGGAUGAAAUAAAUAAGCAAGCAAGAGAAAGGCAAGAUAAGUUAAAUGAUUGCCUGGAAAAAGCCCUCAUUUACAAACAGCAUGUAGAACACCUGCAGCCCUGGUUAGAGAAAUACCAAAAUAGCCUGUCUGAAGUAAGGAUUGUCAUAGAUCCUGUUGAAAUAGAGAAUUCUAUUGCUCAGGUGAAGGCCUGGCAAAAGGAUUUGGACAAACACCAUGGCAUGGUGGAAUCAUUAAAUAAUGCAGCUGACAGUUUGCUCAAUGCCAGUCAAACAGAUAAAGAAAGCAUUACAGAAGAGAAAGUGGCUUUGAACCAGAAAGUGGAUAUGGUCACAGAACAAUUACAUAGUAAGAGAGAGUCCUUGGAAAACAUGGCACGAAGGCUGAAAGAGUUUCAGGAAUCAUCCAGGGAAACCCAGAGGCAACUUAAAAGUGCUAAAGAGCAGCUGGAAACUCAUGAUGCUCUUGGACCCCAGGCUUGCAGUAACAAACACUUGACAAUGUUGCAGAGCCAGCAGAAAACACUUCAGACUUUAAAGCCUCAUGUGGACUUGGCAACAAAACUUGCCCAGGAACUGGUGGUAGAAGCUUCUGAUUCAAAAGGUGUUUCUGACCUCUUGUUGCAAGCUGACUCUUUAAAGCAAGACUACAAUACGGUCAGACAGCAGGUUGAAGACAAGUGUUCGUUCUUAGAGACCAAACUUCAGGGAAUUGGUCAUUUCCAAAACAACAUCAGAGAGAUGUUUUCUCAGUUUGCAGAGUUUGAUGAUGAGCUCGAUAGCAUGGGUCCAGCAGGAAGAGAUCUAGACACUCUGCGGUUACAAAGAGAGGAUAUCAAAAAUUUCCUCAAAAAGCUGGAAGAUCUUAUAACAAGUAACGAAAAUGCCAAUAAAACCUGUAAAAUGAUGUUAGCCACUGAAGCUUCUCCUGAUCUUGUUGGUAUAAAAAGGGACUUAGAGGCUUUAAGUAAACAAUGCAAUAAGUUACUGGACAGAGCAAAAGCCAGAGAGGAACAAGUGGAAGGAACUAUUAGUCGUAUUGAAGAGUUUUAUAGUAAAUUAAAAGAAUUGUCCUGUUUGCUUGGGGGAGCUGAAGAACAUGAAGAGUCUCAAGGUACUGUUGGAAUGGAAACAGACAUUAUUAAUCAACAGCUGAAUAUAUUCAAGGUAUUCCAGAAAGAAGAUAUUGAAACAUUGCAAGUGAAACAACAAGAGGUAAAUUGGUUAGGUCAAGGACUUAUUCAAAGUGCAGCGAAAAAUGCAAGCACCGAGAACCUUGAGCAUGACCUUGAAGAAGUUAACACACGAUGGAAGACUCUCAAUAAGAAGGUUGCUCAACGAGCUGCUCAGCUGCAAGAAGCUCUUCUCCGCUGCGGAAGGUUUCAGGAUGCCCUUGAAUCUCUGCUGAGCUGGCUCAUUGAUACAGAAGACUUAGUGGCCAAUCAGAAGCCCCCAUCUGCUGAGUUCAAAGUUGUGAAGGCCCAGAUACAGGAACAAAAACUUCUCCAAAGGUUAUUGGAUGACCGCAGACCUACCGUUGAAGUAAGCAAGCGCGAAGGGGAGAAAAUUGCAGAGUCAGCAGAAUCUGCUGAUAAAGUGAAAAUCUUGAAGCAGUUGAGUCUCUUGGAUAGUAAAUGGGAUGCAUUGCUCAGCAAAGCUGAAACAAGGAAUCGUCAGUUGGAAGGUAUCUUAGUGGUAGCACAGCAAUUCCAUGAAACUUUAGAACCCCUGGUUGAGUGGCUGACCACCACUGAGAAAAGACUUGCAAAUUCAGAACCCAUUGGAACACAAGCUUCUAAACUGCAGCAGCAGAUUUCUCAGCAUAAAGUGUUAGAAGAUGACAUCCUUACUCACAAUAAAAGUUUAUAUAUGGCCAUUAACAUUGGUCAGUCUCUUAAGAAUAUGAGCUCCAAAGAGGAUAAAGAUAUGGUGCAGGAAAAGCUAGAUUCUUCCCAAGCCCGUUACAUUGAGAUUCAAGAGAAGAGUAACAGCAGGUCUGAGCUGCUCCAGCAAGCCUAUUGCAAUGCCCAGAUUUUUGGGGAAGAUGAAGUUGAAUUGAUGAACUGGCUGACUGAAGUGCAUGACAAACUGAGCAAACUUUCAGUACAAGAUUACAGCACAGACUCACUCAUGAAACAACACACUGACCUGCUGGUGCUUCAGGAAGAGAUUCUGCUCAGAAAACAAAAUGUUGAUCAGGCUAUACAAAAUGGAUUAGAGCUUCUCAAACAAACAACAGGUGAUGAAGUUGUAAUAAUUCAAGAUAAAUUGGAAGGCAUUAAAGCAAGGUACAAAGAUAUUACUAAAUUGAGUUCUGAUGUAUCCAAGACUUUAGAGCAAGCUCUGCAGCUUGCAGAUCAACUGCAGUCCACUCACGAGGAACUCUGCAAAUGGCUUGACAAAGUGGAGGUGGAAUUGCUUUCAUAUGAUACUCAGAUCCACAAGGGAGACGAAUUAAGUGAAGCACAAGAAAAACAAAAAGAAUUGAAAAAAGAAGCAAAGAACAACAAAGGCUUAUUGGACACCCUCAAUGAAGUCAGCAGUGCCUUGCUGGAAUUGGUGCCGUGGAGGGCAAGAGAGGGGUUAGACAAAAUGGUGACUGAGGACAAUGAGCGAUACAGAUUAGUGAGUGACACACUAACUCAGAAGGUGGAUGAGAUUGAUGCUGCCAUUUUAAGAUCACAGCAGUUUGAUCAAGCAGCUAAUGCAGAAUUAGCGUGGAUUGCAGAAACAGAAAACAAAUUGAUGUCUCUGGGUGAUAUUAGGCUUGAGCAAGACCAGACCGCUGCUCAACUACAAGUUCAAAAGGCAUUUACCAUGGAGAUUCUGAGACACAAGGAUGCUAUAGAUGAGCUCAUUGAAACUGCGGAUGAGAUUAUGAACACAUGCACCGAAGAGGAGAAACAGUCCAUGAAGAGAAAACUGGAAAGCCUCUUACAGAAAUACGAUAUGGUCUGUCAAAUGAAUGCUGAAAGGAACCUCCAGCUGGAACGUGCUCAGUCCCUGGUUAACCAGUUCUGGGAGACUUACGAAGAGCUUUGGCCGUGGUUAACUGAAAUAGAAAUGGUCAUCUCACAGCUUCCUGCUCCAGCUCUUGAAUAUGAAAUUUUAAAGCAACAGCAAGAAGAGCAUCGGCAACUGCGUGAGCUGAUUGCUGAGCACAAGCCUCAUAUAGAUAAGAUGAACAAAACUGGCCCUCAGUUGUUGGAGUUGAGCCCAGAAGAAGGUUUCUGUAUCCAAGAGAAAUAUGUGGCGGCUGACACUCUUUACAGUCAAAUUAAAGAAGAUGUCAAAAAACGCGCUUUGGCACUGGAUGAAGCCAUUUCUCAGUCUACUCAGUUCCAUGACAAGAUAGAUCCAACGCUUGAGAGUUUGGAACGCAUAGCUGAACGUCUGAGGCAGCCACCUUCAAUCUCAGCUGAGGUUGAGAAAAUUAAAGAGCAGAUCAGCGAAAAUAAGAAUGUGUCAGUAGAUCUGGAAAAACUUCAACCCGUGUAUGAGACACUCAAACAGCGUGGGGAGGAAAUGAUAGCUCGCUCAGAGGGAGCUGAUAAGGAUGUAUCUGCUAAAGCUGUUCAGGAUAAACUUAAGCAAAUGGUUUUCAUCUGGGAAGAUAUCCAGGCCUUGGCGGAGGAAAGGGAGGCCAAAUUGCUGGAUGUGAUGGAUCUAGCUGAAAAGUUCUGGUGUGAUCACAUGACUCUUAUAGUCACUAUUAAAGAUAUUCAGGAUUUCAUCCGAGAACUGGAGGGACCUGGAGUUGACCCCUCUGUAGUCAAACAACAGCAAGAAGCUGCAGAGGCUAUCAAAGAAGAAGUUGAUGGACUGCAAGAAGAAUUGGAUACAGUGGUAAACUUAGGUUCUGAACUUAUAGCUGCUUGUGGUGAACCUGACAAACCUAUUGUGAAUAAGAGCAUAGAUGAGUUAAAUUCAGCUUGGGACACUCUAAACAAAGCAUGGAAAGAGAGGGUAGACAAACUUUCUGAAGCUAUGCAGGCUGCUGUUCAGUACCAAGAUGGUCUGCAGGCAAUAUUUGACUGGGUAGAUAUUGCUGGCAGUAAAUUGGCUUCAAUGUCACCAGUUGGAACUGAUAUAGAGACAGUGAAGCAGCAAACUGAGGAACUGAAGCAAUUUAAGAUGGAGGCUUAUCAACAGCAGAUAGAAAUGGAAAGGCUAAGUCAUCAAGCAGAACUGUUGUUGAAGAAGGUUACAGAAGAAAGUGAGAAGCACACAGUUCAAGAACCCCUCUCAGAGCUCAAACUGAUGUGGGUCAAGCUAGACGAGAAAAUAAUUAACAGACAGCACAAGCUGGAAGGUGCCUUGUUAGCUUUGGGACAGUUCCAGCAUGCCCUGGAUGAAUUACUGACAUGGCUGACGCACACAGAAGACCUGCUGAAUGAACAGAAACCUGUGGGUGGGGACCCCAAAGCUAUUGAAAUUGAACUUGCCAAACAUCAUGUGCUACAAAAUGAUGUGUUAGCUCAUCAGUCCACUGUGGAAACAGUUAAGAAAGCAGGAAAUGAUCUGAUUGAAUCAAGUGCUGUUGAAGAAGCAAGCAAUCUACAGAGCAAGUUGGAACUUUUGAAUCAGCGCUGGCAAAAUGUGUUGAAAAAAACAGAACAAAGGAAACAGCAGCUGGACAGUGCCUUGAUCCAGGCCCAAGGUUUUCAUGGUGAAGUUGAAGAUAUGCAGCAGUGGCUGACAGACACCGAACGGCAGCUGUUAGCAUCAAAACCUGUUGGAGGUUUACCAGAAACUGCAAGAGAGCAGCUUAAUACUCAUAUGGAUCUCUGUGCUGCCUUUGAAGCCAAAGAAGAGACGUACAAUUGCCUGAUGGAAAAAGGCCAGCAGAUGCUUGCAAGAUGCCAUGGGUCUGCUGAGACAAAUGUUGAGCAAGAUAUAAAUAAUUUAAAAGUAAAAUGGGAUUCAGUACAAACAAAACUCAGUGAAAGAAAGACCAAACUGGAAGAAGCCCUCAAUCUGGCUAUGGAAUUCCAUAACUCACUUCAAGACUUCAUCAACUGGCUUACUCAGGCAGAGCAGACUUUGAAUGUGGCUUCUAGGCCAAGUCUUAUCUUGGACACUAUCUUGUUUCAAAUUGAUGAACACAAGGUAUUUGCUACAGAAGUGAACUCUCACCGAGACCAGAUAAUCGAACUGGAUAAAACUGGAACCCAUCUGAAAUAUUUCAGCCAGAAACAGGAUGUUGUCCUUAUUAAGAAUCUACUGAUUAGUGUACAGAAUAGAUGGGAAAAAGUGGUUCAGCGCUUAGUGGAAAGAGGAAGGGCUUUGGAUGAUGCAAGGAAAAGAGCAAAACAGUUUCAUGAAGCCUGGAACAAACUUAUGGCAUGGCUGGAAGAAUCAGAAAAGUCAUUGGAUUCAGAGCUCGAAAUUGCAAAUGAUCCAGAUAAAAUAAAGAUGCAGCUUACACAGCAUAAGGAGUUCCAGAAAUCUCUUGGAGCCAAGCAUUCUGUGUAUGACACCACAAAUAGGACUGGACGCUCCCUCAAAGAGAAAACCACUCUGGCAGAUGACAAUUUGAAACUGGACGAUAUGCUGAGUGAGCUCAGAGACAAGUGGGAUACGAUAUGUGGAAAAUCUGUGGAAAGACAAAACAAACUAGAGGAAGCCCUGCUAUUUUCAGGGCAAUUUACUGAUGCUCUGCAGGCGCUCAUCGACUGGCUAUAUAAAAUUGAACCUCAGCUAGCAGAAGAUCAGCCAGUGCAUGGAGACAUCGAUUUAGUGAUGAACUUGAUUGAUAAUCACAAAGUCUUCCAGAAGGAGCUCGGGAAAAAGACAAGUAGUGUUCAGGCUCUGAAACGGUCUGCUCGAGAACUCAUAGAAGGCAGUCGAGAUGACUCCUCUUGGGUAAAGGUCCAAAUGCAGGAGCUAAGCACUCGCUGGGAGACCGUCUCUGCCCUCUCCGUAUCCAAGCAAACACGACUGGAACAGGCCCUCCACCAGGCAGAGGAAUUUCACUCUGUUGUGCAUGUUCUUUUGGAGUGGCUAGCCGAGGCAGAGCAGACCCUUCGUUUCCAUGGCAUCCUCCCAGAUGAUGAAGAGGCUCUGCGGACACUAAUAGAUCAGCACAGGGAAUUCAUGAGGAAGCUGGAAGACAAAAAGGCAGAACUAAAUAAAUCAGCAGGUAUGGGAGAAGCCAUCCUGGCUAUCUGCCACCCAGACUCCAUCACUACCAUUAAGCACUGGAUAACAAUCAUCAGAGCCAGAUUUGAAGAGGUAUUAGCAUGGGCAAAGCAACAUCAGCAGAGAUUGGCAGGAGCCCUGGCUGGAGUUAUUGCUAAGCAGGAAUUGUUGGAAGCCUUGUUGUCCUGGUUGCAGUGGGCAGAGACUACUCUUAGUGAAAAAGAUAAAGAGGUCAUUCCCCAAGAAAUCGAGGGAGUUAAAGCUCUCAUAGCUGAACAUCAGACAUUUAUGGAGGAAAUGACUAGAAAACAACCUGAUGUGGAUAAAGUCACAAAGAUCUACAAAAGGAAAGCAACUGAACCCACUCUAAUACAGUCUCAUAUUCCCGUGCUGGAUAAAGGGAGAUCAGGAAGAAAACGUUCCCCAACAACAGGCAUGUAUCCAUCAGGAGCACAGGCACAAAUUGAGACCAAGAAUCCAAGGGUGAACUUAUUAGUCAGCAAAUGGCAGCAAGUCUGGCUUCUGGCCUUGGAAAGAAGAAGAAAAUUGAACGAUGCUUUGGAUAGACUGGAAGAGCUGAGGGAAUUUGCAAACUUUGAUUUUGAUAUCUGGCGGAAAAAGUAUAUGCGAUGGAUGAACCAUAAGAAAUCUCGAGUAAUGGACUUCUUUAGGAGGAUUGAUAAAGAUCAGGAUGGAAAGAUAACAAGGCAGGAAUUUAUUGAUGGAAUUCUUUCAUCAAAAUUCCCUACCAGCCGACUUGAAAUGAGUGCUGUGGCCGAUAUCUUUGAUAGAGAUGGUGAUGGGUACAUUGACUACUAUGAAUUUGUAGCAGCACUUCAUCCAAACAAGGAUGCAUACAAGCCUCUUACAGAUGCUGACAAAAUUGAAGAUGAGGUUACAAGGCAGGUAGCAAAAUGUAAAUGUGCAAAGCGAUUCCAGGUGGAGCAGAUUGGGGAUAACAAAUACAGGUUCUUCCUGGGAAAUCAGUUUGGUGACUCUCAACAGCUGCGUCUUGUUCGCAUCUUGCGAAGUACAGUAAUGGUUCGCGUUGGAGGUGGCUGGAUGGCACUGGAUGAAUUCUUAGUGAAAAAUGAUCCUUGCAGGGUUCAUCAUCAUGGGAGUAAAAUGUUACGUUCGGAAUCAAACUCUUCAAUUACCACUCAGCCUACCAUAGCUAAAGGGAGGACAAACAUGGAGCUGCGUGAAAAGUUCAUUUUGGCAGAUGCUGCUAAUCAGAAUGUGGCUGCUUUCCGAGCGAGAGGUCGUAGAUCACGACCUUCUUCACGGGGUGCUUCUCCCAACAGAUCUACUUCUGUGUCAAGUCAGGCUGGACAGGGAGCUUCACCACAAGCGGUUGCUACAAGUAUACCCAAGACACCCCAUCAUUUAACACGCAAUUAUGGUAAACCAUGGUUGACAAACAGCAAAACGUCAACUCCUUCUAAACCAUCAGAGUCCUCAGAAUAUCAAGGGUCAUCUGCAGAGGGAACACCAAUACAAGGGAGUAAACUUAGACUGCCAGGAUAUCUGUCAGGGAAAGGUUUCCACUCUGGAGAAGACAACAGCCUAAUAUCAACAGCAGCUACCAGAGUUAGAGCGCAGUUUGCAGACACCAGAAAAACUCCAAGUAGACCUGGAAGCCGAGCAGGAAGCAAGGCGGGCAGUAGGUCAAGUAGCCGCCGAGGCAGUGAUGCAUCUGACUUUGACAUUUCAGAAAUCCAGUCUGUGUGUUCAGACAUGUCAGAGACUGUUCAUAGUGCAAGCAGACCACAGCCCCGAGCAGGUUCUCGGCCAACAUCAGCCAAGCCUUCUAAAAUUCCAACUCCCCAAAGGAGGCCACCAGUCAGCAAAUUGGACAAGUCCUCCAAGAGAUAAUGUGAUCUGCUCCAUAAAGGUCUUUGCCUUGUGCAUUAAAUAUUUAAGUUUGUAAGAUGUAAAAUAUUAUGUAGAAAUUAUUGUGAAAUAUUGCAAGAGGUGGAUUUUUAAUUCUGCAGAUGGCCUUAUUUGUGUAUUUGUUUUUAUUUUAUGUGUAUAAUUUUUGUCAGAUUUUGUUUGUUUCUGCCAUAUCCUGUG